AUGUUCAAGUGCCUUGACUUCCUUCGUCGAAUCUUCUGUUGCUUCAAGCGCGAGAAAGAGCCGAGGGAGGGCAUUCGAAGAUUGAAGACGACGCUUAGUCUUCUGCACAGCACACUUGGAGAAGUACCCGUACCUGGCCUAAAGGCUUUCCUCGGAAUCAGUGUUGGCAUCGUAAAUCUCAUGGAGAAUGUGUCAUCUAACCAACGCAAUUUUCGGGACAUCUAUGAUCUGAUUCAGGAGAUAGAUAACCAGCUUACCGUACUGAAACAACAUUACCCAAUGCCAGAACAGUUGGCAGAGAGGCUUGCUUCAAUCGCUAGUCACAUCGACGAGUUCGAUGACCCACUUCUUGUCGAUCGUUUUUUCAGAUGUAUCAAACAGGAUCUUGACUCUCUGACGCGAGAUGCGGUCAUCAUCGCGGCCGCUAAUGCUUCCAAAAUAGUUGAAAAUGGUAAGAUUAUCUCGCUGAGCAGUUCCGUUGUCGCUAAUAAGCAUUCUCAGAACUACUCGGAAAGCUUUUGUCGGGACGCACAGGAACGUCGUAUUUUGGGUGGCACCUUCUUCUGUUCUCGUCGAGACGAGAACCGGAGGGAUGUUCGUCGCAUUAUCCCGUCAAUCGCCUAUCAGCUCGCGGAAUUCAAUGAAAUAUAUAAGCAGCAGUUGUUGAAGGCCAUUAAAGGAUGGAACGGGAUGAUUACCGCACGUCCUUGUGAGCAAUGGCGGAGGUUGAUCGUUUCGCCGUUAGAAUUGAUGGCGCCAGGUGCCGCUCCUGCCUUGAUUGUAAUCGAUGGGAUCGAUGAAUGUAGUAAUAGAGACGGUCAGCAUGCGCUUUGGACGUGUCUCUCGGGCCCCAUACCGGGAAGCUUCAAAGUCCUGGUGACAGCUGUGCCUGACAGCCAUGUAUCCUUUGGCUUUACGUGGCAUGCGCCCUUCUACAGUGUCGAUCUCGACUCUCCCCGUCAAUCAGUCGACUCUGACAUCCACUUAUACGUUCAAAAUCGCCUUCAGAAGCUCUCCCCCUCUCAAAUGCAAUGGCCAUCGACUGAAGAUGUUUCACGCGUCGUAAAGCGCUCUCAGGGGCUAUUCAUUUACGCUGCUGAGGCAUGUCGGCAGGUGGAGGCCGCAGGUUCUGCGGUAACCCACCUUUCUAACCUGUUGGUCAACAUGAAGGACUUACCGGCCGGAAUGGAACGCUUUUUCGGGAGGAUUUUUACAUCUGCAAUUGGAUCAUUCAGCGAUGAAAAUACCGCAUUAUGUCGGUCCAUAUUGGGGAUGCUCGCACUUCGGAAAGAGCGGAAUCUUUCUUUAUCGGAUCUUUCUGCUCUGCUUGGUUAUGAUACAGCACAUGUGAAGGGUUUACUCGUUGGUUUUCGUUCCAUCCUGCGCGUACCUCAGGACGAUACCGAACCUAUCCAUCUUUACCACCCUUCGCUUACCGAAUUCCUGACGGCUCCUCAAGUAUGGAGAACUCGCUGUGAUUUGGAUGGAUGCGAAAACAUUCAAUGUCAAGAUCAUCCACGGAUCGAUUUCUCCCGUCUUUACAUGCCGAAGGAACAGCGUCAUCGUUGUAUUGCGGACAAACUCUUGCAUUACAUGAUCAGGCAUCUAUCCACUGAUAUAGGAAUCGCACGGUACACAGUUGGAGCGGGUCGUAUCAUAGAAGCGCAACGGUCAGCUCCUAACGGAGCUCUCGAAUAUGCUUGCAAGCAUUGGGCAGAUCAUCUCCUUUUGUCGGGCUCCAACAGGAGAGAAGAUGUGAACCAAUUAGCACUUUUGGUUACCAGUUUCUUGGAGACGAAGGGUGGUUCUUGGCUGGGGGAGACAGUCAAUAAUUCACGUGACUCUUUCCAUGAGUCUUUGCGCGAUCUUCAGAGCGCCGAUGCAUGGCAGCGUCUGCAUGCAUCCGCAUUUGCACCGGAGAUUCAACAGCCUCUUCGGAGGCUCAUCCAAGUUGGCAUAUCGAAACUCGAGAUCGUCAUCCAUUCUAGAACCUCAGGGAGCACUGGUCCUGAAGAGACUGUCCUUCAGGAUGUACAGCCUAUAGUAUCGCCUAUUCUCCAUCAUGAUGCCCACAGAGUCUCACCUCCUCAUUUCUCCCCGACAAAUCCCCGAGUUCAAAUGCCGGUCCCUUCUAUUUUAGGAAGAGAAAUGGUGUCUCAAUCGUAUGACAGUCAUACAUUACGGCACUAUCGUUCAUGGCAGGAAGAGAACUCUCCUCGCGCGAGUAGUUGGCGGCGGUCACUCUUGAUGAGGCCGUCGAGAUCAGCCACUUUUGCCGACCAAAUAACCUGA